GCGUUAAGCCAAACGGCAAGGCUGAAUCCAUUUUCCACUACCUACUCCUCUGCAUGGGCAUCCCAUAAGGCACAUAUCUGUGGUCAACACGCUCCAUUUAUGACGUCUCAUUUAUUGACACUGCUAGUCAUGCACUCUUAGUCACUAACACAGGCACAUUUCGAUACGACCACGGUGAUUAGACCAAGGGUCGCAGCGUCGUGCGGUCCCGCAAAAGGCGUUGAAGAGAGCGGCACUUAGGACUUGUAGGUUCACAAAAGCCGUAUCUCCUUCAAGAUGCAUACAGGCCCUCGACCGAAGUGUCUUUUCUACAAGUAUAUAGGCUGCCAGCUUGCCUCACCUAAAUACACAUCCAAGCUCAUCAACAGCAGCACCAUCAAAAGCAUUUCUCACCUCAUCAACCACAGCGCUCCAACCAGGUUGUUUUAUUGAACUUCCACAUUUCAGUCAAAUGGCCAGUCCACGAGUUCUCCUCACCGGAGCAAAUGGCUUCAUCGGUUCCCACAUCAUCAGCCACUUUCUGGAAAAAUCUGUCUUUGUCCAAGCAGUGGUCCGUUCUGAAAGCAAAGCGAAGCGAGUGAUGAGCGAUUUCCCCUCAGCCGACAGAACCAAGCUCGACUUCUCCAUCGUGCCAGACAUCACAGCUCCCGGAGCCUUCGACAAAGCUAUUCAAGAAGCCCUACCUCUCGACGCCAUCGUUCACACAGCCUCCCCCUUCCUUUACGACGAGGGUUUGAAGGUAGAAGAUCUCAUCAAGCCCGCCAUCAACGGCACAUCAGAGAUCCUCAAAUCGACACUAAAGUACGGAAAAGGAGUCAAGCGUGUUGUCGUGACCAGCAGCUUCGCAGCUAUCGGCAAUCCGUUUGAUCUGCAGGGGAAUGGAAGAACGUAUACCUCUGACGACUGGAACCCAAUCACGAUGGAACAAGCCACAGCUGGCAACAAUCUCCGCCUGGCCUAUUGGGGCAGCAAGACUCUUGCAGAGAAAGCAGCUUGGGACUUUAUGAAAGCCAACAACCCAGAUUUCGAAUUAGUCGUCCUCAAUCCACCCGGUGUUUUCGGGCCCCUCGCAAACAGCAUCGACUCCCUCAAGGACUUGGGCACAUCCAAUGCGAUCCUGUACAACACUUUCAUGAAAUCGAGCAAGAGCACACCUGUACCUCCAGAAACGCUGCAUAUCACGGUCGAUGUCAGGGACUUGGCCAUUGCCCACUAUCAAGCAGCCUUUGCCCCAGGCGUAGGCAAUCAACGCUUCCUAGUCACCCAGGGUGGCAACACCAACCAAGAGAUCGCCGACAUCGUACGAAAGGCUGUUCCAGAAUGGGAUGAACGCAUCCCGCUCGGCAACCCAGGAAGCCACGCCCUGAAGCCCGAACUCCUCAAGGCGGACAACACAAAGUCCCGAGAGGUGCUGGGAGUAGAUUAUCAAGGUUUCGAGGAGACCAUCGCAGACAGCGCAAGGAACUUUUAUGAGUUGGAGAAGACUCUGGGCCAGGACUAGACAACAAUGGAUAAGACAGAAGGACGCGUCGUGCAGAUGUGUUGAGUGGAGGACAGUGUCGUCGCCUGCGAAGUACGGGUAU